UCAUACCUCUGUAGCUCAUAGCCCGGUUCUUGGUCCCCUCUCCACAGGUCGAAUCUACUCUCCCCAUCUAUACCCACACCCCAAUUCCUACGCCCGUCAUCCUCCACACUCCCACUCGCUCAGAUGCUCUCCCCUCGUCCCCUGCCAUCCGUCUCUACCCUUCUACUACCGCGGGCAAGCCAUCUGCAUUGCCUGUGGUCGUCAAGGGUGCACGCUUCACAGAUGAAUCUCCCUCUUCUGAAAACCAAGUAGAAGGCUCAUUGCCCGUGCGAUCAGAGCGCCAUAAUGUCACAUUCCAGACCCGUCCUCGGGGAAACACCACGGAUUCGACCAACUCCAUGGUCUACCCGACUUAUGCAGUCUACCGUCAAGCACAGCACGGAAACUUUGAGGCAUUUACGCAGCGUGUAAAGCGAGCGUUUGCGAUCUCCCAGCAGCAGCAACAGCAGCAGCAACAGCAGCAGCAACAACAACUGCAACUGGAACAGCAGCAGCAGCAAGAAGAAAUGAAGCGGCAGCAAUCAGAGCAAGGACAGCCCUCACAGGAUAUGCAGCUGCGCCCAACCAACCCCCGGACACUCUCAUCGUCCAGCGUACGCGCCAAAUCCAGCACCAAUAACAGCAGCAGUUCGAAUGGUACCCGCUUACGUUCUGCCUCGGCGGCCAGCAUGAUCGGUGAUAUUGCCGAGCGCAUCAAGAAUGGAUCGUUUUUCCGGCGGUCGUCCAUCAAUCCUACAACCACAGCUGCUACUGGUGACGCCGUUGCCGCUUCCACCAAUAACUCUAGCAGUAUCGCUGACGGAACCCCUAUUGCGAGCAUCACUAUCAGCAUGGCACCUGGAUCGUGCUCUAGUCCGUCGAGGAUUGAGAUCAUGGUCACCCCUUCAGAAAACGAUCACCCGCAAGCCGAUAAGGAGAAUGCCGAUGAGGCCGAGGUUGGUGCUCAGAUUUCAGUGGAACAUUCAAUAGCCGAUAGCGAUGCUCCUGCAUCCGCGUCUGGGUUCACAGCAGCGGUCGUCAAUAACACCAAUGCAGCAACAGAUCCACCCUCUGCUGCUCCUAUUACAUCAUCGGGGCCAGGACAUCGUCGAUCCAACACGCGUGAAAUCUCGCCGCUAGCUUCUGCGGCGAACGUCGUGACGGGCCUCAGCGACUAAAUAGAGCGAGAGACUCUUUUACACGGGCUCUUGAAGUCGGUAACACUUUUCUUUGUAUCAUAUCAUCUAAUCAUAUUCAUCAACUACCGCAACCAUGAUCCAUGGUCUUCAUAAUAAUAAAACAC